AAGCAAACCCCACCAGGGCGGACGGGCCUAAGGCUGGGCCCACCUCACAGUCUAAAAGAGGGGAGCCAACUUCUUCCCAGUUCAUACGGGCCCGUGUCUCAGCGCACACCUCUUCGUGCUCGCUCCCAUGGAGGCCACCCCGAUCUCCAUGAAGCCACCGGCGCCACCCCCGGUCACUCUGGAGCCCAUAGAAUUGUCAACGCAUGCCGUCGGACUGACCGAGCUGGAGCGAUCCAGCAUGAACCAGCUCGCAAUAGCGCCGGACCCCAAGCGGCAGAGGGUGGAGGAGGCUGCGGAUGGCAACGGGUGCAAGCAUUGCGCCUGCAAGAAGUCCAGAUGCUUGAAGCUCUAUUGCCCAUGUUUUGCUGGAGGUGGUUAUUGUUCCGAUAAGUGUGGCUGCCAACCAUGUUUCAACAAAGAAGCCUUUUCAGAAACAGUUCAGACUACUCGCAAGGUGUUACUUUCAAGACAGAAGCGCAUGUCGAUGAAAAUUAAUAGGAGACCUGAGGCAAAUGCUGAACCAAUGGAAGAUGCUCACCAUUCUUCUUCUUCAACUCCACCAAGGAGAGGUUGCAACUGCAAGAAAUCAAGUUGCCUGAAGAAAUACUGCGAUUGCUACCAGAACCCUUUCGGGAAAAAUGACGGCAUAAUUGCUGAUGACAGUAAGCGCUAUCUGUACACUGGUGCUGAUUUGGAUCACAGCGAGGGCGAACAUGACUUCGUUGUGGAGCGCUCGCCUCGUCUGCAGUCACCCAUGUCGAAGGAGUCUUCUUUCCACCAGACCCCACCCCAUCUCAGGGCCUCGAGCAGAGACGCGCACGUGUUCCCGCAGGCGGUAUCCCAGUGGCAGGCGCUGCCCCGCUCGUGGCACUGUUCCAACAAGAGGAACGGCAACGACAGGGCGAUGGACGACUCCUCCGCCAACGGCAACUACAAGAGCUCGAGCCAUGACUGGCAGAUGUCCAAGCUCGAGGACGGCUACAGCAUAUCGAGAUGCGUCCAGAUCCUGAACGGCAUGGUGGAGCUGUCGCAGGUGGAGAAGUCAGUUGCCCCCGACGUCUUCCUGCUGCCGGGCAACCGGGAAAUUUUCGUCUCCCUCGGCGGCGAUGUGCGCGCCAUGUGGCUGAAGCGCAAGAUUCAGCACCUGGCUUAGGGGAGGGUGUGUUUCAUUGCGCCAUGUGCCGUCCUCUCGAGUGAGGAGAUUGGAGGGGAAAUUGAGUUUUCUUUUAGAUCCUGCAUGUUCUGCUGCUGGUCGUGGGCGUGCACAGGAUUCUAGGCUCUUUUUUCCUGUUUACUGAGGUGUAUUUAUGGAUUGACAUUACGUAUUGUCUUUGUAGAGAUAGCGGUUUCGAGCCUGGUAUCGGAUAUAAUAAAAAAAUGAGAUUAUACACCUACUACA